AUUCUGCGAAAGCUUUCGGCGCGUACAACAUCCAGUAGGCGUUCAGCCUCCGAGCGGAUAACAUUGCGUUGUUGUAGUUCUUGGAGUCCAAGCAAGACAGACACUAGACACCAGAAGAUAAAAGACAACUCAAAAAGCUGAUCAGCAGAAAGAAUUCAAAAUUGAAAAGAGAAUUACAAAAAAGUUAAAAGUAUCAAAUCAUAUUAAAUCAAAAGAAAGAAAGAAAAUACAAAUUGAAAUCGAAAUAAACAAAAAAACAAAAAAAAAUCGUGAAUCGGAAAGGAGAACGGAAAGAGCAGUCCGACGGAGAACGGAGAAGGCCAUUCAACCGAUAAAAGCAAUCAGCCACAAAAUGGAAUGACCCGCGCUGCCGCGACAGGUGGCCCACACGUUGCUUAGCCAGGGGAGAAUGCUGCCACAGUUAGCAGCAGCAGCAGCAACACUUCAACAAGCAGCAGCAACAGCAGCAACAGCCGCAACAGCAACAGCCAGCAGCAACAUUCCGUGUGGGAAUGGCCAGCGACGUCGCGUGGCAGCAGCAACAGACGGCUGCAACAACAAUACGAAGCUCAACAAGAACAACAGCAACAGCAACAACACUAGCAGCAGCACCAGCAAAAAAUUAAAUCAAAUGCAUUCCAACGAAGAGCCGCCCAUGACGGUGAUCGUCGAUGGAGGCGGAGGCGGAGGCGCAGGCGGACAGCAGCAGCAGCAGCAACAGCAGAAGGUGCCCCGCAGCGGCAGCCAGAGGUUGCGGAAAACGAGUUCCUCCAGUGCCAAGGCAGCGAUACCAGUACCUGCAACGACAGCGUCAGCUGGCUCCAUGCAACGCGCACAUCGACAGCCAUCGAACGCCUCUGGGACCGCCAGCUCCGAUUCGAGAAGGCGUCGCUAUCCGGGCAAGUCGGAGCGCCACGACCGACAGGAUCGCCAGGAUCGCCAGGAGGAGCGACGUGAGCGACGGGAUCGACAGGAUCGACAGGAUCGACAGGAGCGCCAGGAGCAGAUGCCACGCCUCGGGGCCGGACGACGGCACAGUGGUGCCUCCUCGCUGAGCGAUGCGGUGGCCAGUGGUGGCGGCGGACGUGGCCGCCAUCGCCGCGAGCCGCGAUCGGGGGCCAUCAGCUCCUCGACAGGCUCCAGCUGCAAUGGCAGCUGCAGCUCCGACGAUGGCGACUCCUCGCACACAUCGUCCUCGUCCUCGUCCAGCUCCUCAGGCGAGCCGAAUCUACCGUAUCCCGGCUUCCCCGAGAUAUCCAUGAAGGCUCUCACGCAGUACACGCGGCCACGCAACUGGUGCCUGAUGCUCAUCACCAAUCCGUGGUUCGAGCGCGUCUCCAUACUGGUCAUCCUGCUCAACUGCAUCACCUUGGGCAUGUACCAGCCCUGCGUGGACGAUGCCUGUGUCACGAAUCGCUGCAAGAUACUGCAGAUCUUCGAUGACAUCAUCUUUGCGUUCUUUGCCCUGGAGAUGACCAUCAAAAUGGUGGCCAUGGGCAUGUGCGGCAAGAACACCUACCUGGCCGACUCGUGGAACCGGCUGGACUUCUUCAUCGUCCUCGCCGGCCUGCUCGAGUAUGUGAUGCACGUGGAGAACCUCAAUCUGACGGCUAUACGCACGAUCCGGGUGCUGAGACCACUGCGGGCCAUCAAUCGCAUACCCAGCAUGCGGAUCCUUGUGAUGCUACUGCUGGACACGCUGCCCAUGCUGGGCAAUGUGCUGCUGCUCUGCUUCUUUGUGUUCUUCAUCUUUGGCAUCAUCGGCGUCCAGCUGUGGCAGGGCAUCUUGCGGCAGCGUUGCGCCCUGGAGCGGCCCGAGGGCAUGAUCCAUCCCAUCACGGGACUACCUGAAGUGUACAGAGUUCGAGUCCGUGUUAACUCGAAAAACCAUCAGUUUCUAUUGCAAAGCCUGUCGCAGUACUACGAGUUCUCCAAGGAUCAGGACUACAUCUGCUCCACGCCCACCGACUCGGGCAUGCAUCUGUGCGGCAACUUCCCCCCCUACCGCAGCGGCUCACUGGUCUGCAAUGAGGAGGCCAAGCUGUUCGACUUCAAUGAGCCGACGAACACCUCGUGCGUCAACUGGAACCAGUACUACACAACGUGCAAGCAGACCGGCGAGAAUCCCUUUCAGGGCACCAUUUCGUUUGACAACAUUGGCAUGGCCUGGGUGGCCAUAUUCCUGGUCAUCUCGCUGGAGGGCUGGACGGACAUAAUGUAUUACGUGCAGGAUGCGCACAGCUUUUGGGAUUGGAUCUACUUUGUACUGCUGAUUGUGAUCGGGUCGUUCUUUAUGAUCAACCUAUGCCUGGUCGUCAUCGCCACCCAGUUCUCGGAGACGAAGAAGCGCGAGAUGGAGCGCAUGCGACAGGAACGGGCCCGGUACACGUCCACAUCGACGCUGGCGAGCAGCACAAACAACUCGGAGCCGGCCACAUGCUACGCGGAGAUAGUCAAAUACAUCGCCCAUCUGUGGCGGCGCUUCAAGAGACGAAUGUUAAAGAAGUACAGAUUAUAUAAGUACCAGCGGCAGCAGCGCAAGGAGGGACUGCUGCCCAAUGCCGACAAUCUGACCUUCUCGCCGUCACGCAUCAAGUGCCACCAUCCCAAGUGCCCCAAGUACAGUAAUCGCAAGCAUCCGUCCGGCAUUCAGGAUCAGAUGAUUACCGUCAUGGUGCCGCUCAACUCAAACUCGAAUUCCAACAACAACAACAACAACACCAACAAUCACAAUGGCAGCAGCACCAACACGAUGGCCAACACCAAUGCGAAUGCCAGCAACAAUGUGCCCAGCUGCACCACAGUGGCAUUGGUGAACGGUAUAAAUGGCAGCACGGCCAGUGUGACCAUGUCGACAGCGCAGCAUCAACAGGCCGCUCAGCAGCAGCAACAGCAGCAGCAGCAACAGCAGCAGCAGCACUCAUCCUCCGACAAAACCGAACAGUCUCUGGGCGAGGCAGCGGCGGCCUGUGGCCUCGGCGGCGGAAUGGUCAUGCCACGCAGCUCCUCGAUGAAAAAGUCCUCACAGCUGAAGCCCGAGGGCAGUGCCGGCGAGCAGAAGACAAUUCUGCUGAAGUUCCCACAGCAGAUCAUGGACUCGGAGCAGCUGAUUCUGCAGUUGGGAAAUUUAGGCAAGAGCCACCCGUGCACCUCGGGAUUCCUCAGUCCGCCCACUUCGGCCAGCCGGCGUCCGUCGGUGAUGUUCAACGAGUACGUGCUGCUGCACACGCCUCCCGCCCUCAGCGCGGAGCAGCCUGCCCUGACACCGGGCAGCGCCACCGCCCCCCCAGCGGCAACAACCAUUGCCACUGUUGCCACAGUGGCGGGAACAGCAGCAGCUGCGGCGGCGGCAGCAGCGUCAGCGGCAGCGACAUCAGCAGCAGCAUCGACAUCGGCGGCAGGUUCCGGUGGCAGCAACAGCCACAGCCACAGCAACCACAGUGGUGGCAGUGGCAGUGGUGGUGGUGGUGGUGCGACGGUCCCAGAGAAAAGCACCACCAUAUUCUCCACGGAGAAGAUGACCCAGGUCGGCGAUGGCAGCAUCUGGCAGGUGAACCUGCCGCAGACCAUCGACACCAUCGCCAAUCCAUAUGCAGAUUGCUCCGAGCUGGGUAUACACGAUGCGAUGACUUGUCAAGAGCUGUUAGCAUUCUCUGUGGCCUUUUCAGCGGCCCUGCCGACGGGACAGAGCACGCUCGAGUCCUUUUACACGUCGCUGGCCCGCUGCGAUCCACACACCGCUGAGGCGCUUAAGGCCCAGCACAAGCGGCCACCGACGACGACCACCACGAACACGGGACAAGGACAAGGACAGGCCCAGGCCCAGGCCCAGUCCCAGUUAGUCUCUGUCCAGUCACCGGGACAUUUCCAGCCAUCGCCGGAUCAGGCGACGGGUGGAACUGGCGAUGCCUUCGAGCUGAGCGGCGCGCCCAGCACUGUGGUCGCCGUCUCAGGGGCUGUGGGACCUGGGGAGUCGCAGGCAGCAGCCACCCACCAUCGCCAGCGGCGAGAACAUCACUCGCAUCCCCACCAGCAUCAGCACCAGCAUCAGCAUCAGCACCAGCAUCACCACAAUAAUAACAACAACAGCCACAGCAGGAACAACAAUGGACACAGAUCACGAGGCCACACAUCCCACGGGCAGGGACAUGGGCGCGAUCAUGGCGAUCAUGGUGGUCCCACGGGCAACUACAUGGAGGACUACGCCUGCUGCUACGACCUGUACCAGAACGCCCUCUCGCCGCUGGAGGAGCGACACCAUCAGCGAUCGCCGGCGAUGCGCGGCCUGAUCGCCUCCUACCGCUGCCUGUCGCGCAUCUGCAGCUACGUCCGGCGCUACAUCAGGCGCCUGGUGGAGCACAAGUACUUCCAGCAGGGCAUCCUGCUGGCCAUACUGAUCAACACGCUCUCCAUGGGCAUCGAGUACCACAACCAGCCGCCGGAGCUCACGGCCAUCGUGGAGACCAGCAACAUUGUCUUCUCCGGCAUCUUUGCCGUCGAGAUGCUGCUCAAGGUGGUGGCCGAGGGGCCCUUCCGCUACAUAGCCAAUGGAUUCAAUGUCUUUGACGGCAUAAUUGUCAUACUCAGCGCCAUUGAGAUAUGCCAACAGUUUUUGGGCAACGGCACGGGGGGCGGUGGCUCCGGUUUGUCGGUUCUGCGCACAUUCCGGCUGCUCCGCAUCCUCAAGCUCGUCCGCUUCAUGCCGAAUCUGCGGCGGCAGCUGUUCGUCAUGCUGCGCACCAUGGACAACGUGGCCGUCUUCUUCUCCCUGCUGGUACUGUUUAUAUUCAUCUUCAGCAUACUCGGCAUGUAUCUGUUUGGCGGUAAGUUUUGUAAAUUUUUGGACGAAUCCGGACUCGAGCGCGAGUGUACGUGUCCCGAAAUAAUCAGCCGGCAUCCGCAAUGCGAGUGCGAUCGCAAACACUUCAACAACAUUUUGUGGGCCACUGUCACAGUAUUCCAAAUACUCACGCAAGAGGACUGGAACGUCGUCCUGUUCAAUGGAAUGGAAAAGACAAGUCAUUGGGCCGCACUGUACUUUGUGGCCCUAAUGACAUUCGGCAAUUAUGUGCUAUUUAAUUUAUUGGUGGCCAUUUUGGUUGAGGGAUUCAGUUCAGAGCGAAAUGAACGUCGCGAGCGCGAACAGCGCGAGUUGGUUAAGAAACUGCGCGAAGAGACAUUGGCCGAGAAUUAUAGCGAUGGUAUGUACGAUGAAUCGCGCAGCGAGGCCGAUUCAUCGACCACUAACGAUAGUUACUACGAGGUACGCAAUCGCUGGCGCUCAGCGGAGGACGUGCGCAAGCUGCAGGACUCGGCCGAGCUGAUCAACGAGGCCAAGAGCAACAUGCACCGCCAGCGGCUGCUCCAGCCCAGCCACGAUUACCAGAUCAACGAGCUGCCAACGCCGACUGCUGCAUCCGCCACUGCUGCUUCCGGCCUGGACAACAAGGAGGCUGGCGGCAGCAGCAUCCACAAGCUGAUGUCGCAUGAGGAGAGCAGCGGCAGCAGCAAGCCCCGAGGCGGCCUCAAAAAGACAUACUCCAUCAAGGACAGACGCAGCGAGGCGUCGCGCCUCUCCAAGAUGCGGCUCGUUCGGGAGCCGCCCAUCAUCACCACGACGGCGGCCACGCCGCAGGACUCGCCCAGCACCACCCUGGAGCCGGGCAUGAGCUUCCGCCAGUGGGGCGACAUGGAGCCGCCGCCUCCACCUUCGCCGUCGCUGCUGCGACCCCCCAACAUCUUCACGGGGGGCCAGCGCACCCUGGACGAGGGCAUACCCGCCAUCGACCUCAUUCCGCCCUCCCCGGUGCUCACCCACAAGCCCCUCAAUAUCCUCAACGCCAGCCAGCUGGGCUUGGGCGUGGGCGGAACCGGGGGAGUGGCUUUUGCAGGGGGGGCAGGGAGCAUAGGGAGCACUGGGAGCAGCAUGCACAGCGUCAUCAUCGAUGACAUAUCGAAGAGUUCCGGCUCAGCGGCAGCCGCCACGCCCAUCUACGUGCCCACCAUCUCCUCCGCGUCGACAGUGGGGGCGGGCGGAAUGGGUCUGGGACAUGAGCAGGGUCUGCAGCCGCCGGCUGCGGAGAGCCACAGCUACAGUCACAGUCUGAAUGAUCUGACGGGCUCGGGCUCGGGCUCGGGCACGGGCACGGGCUCGGCCACUGGACCUGCAUCCAGUGCCGCGGCCUCGACCAGCGGCAGUUCUUCCAGCGAGCGCCUGCCCCUGGCUCCCGCCCCGUACAGCGGCGCUGGCGGGGGCAGCUUCAAGCAGCGUUUCCGGCGCAGCAGCUCCAAGAAGAGGAGACCCCAGCCGACGGCCGCAGCCGAGGACAGCAUCAGUGGCCAUGAGGAGGAGGAGCAGCUGCAGCAGCAGCAGCUGAACAACGGCAGCGACAACAGCCACCUACUGAGGAGCAGCGCAGGAGGCGGAGGCGGAGGAGGGGGUGGACUGGGAGGUGGAAGCACAGGAGGCACAGCUGCCAAGGACACCAACCGGCUGAGUCCGCAGAACUCGAUCCGCAGACUCUCAAACACGCUGAGCAUCGGCAGUGCUGGCAGUCCGGGAGCGGCGCUGGGCAGUCGCCGGGCCUCGGCCUGCAUCUUCAACUCGCAGGUGUACCAGAACCUGAACCAGCCGCCGAAGCUGCGCCCGGGCACGGGCCAGCGGCGGAUGAGCUCCAUCGAGCUGGCCUUCAGCAAGACCUCGCACCUGAAUCUGCACAACCUGGAGGCGAACCGCAAGUCGCUGUCCUACACGAACUCCAAGAUGGACCUCGACAAGUGGCAGAGGUCGUACGGCAAUCUCAACGAGCCGGACAACAUGCUGCAGCAGUACAUUGAGGCGCGGGACAAGCGCAAGACCUCCAUCAGUCACUACAACCUGAAGAAGCGGCUCGAGGAGAAGGAGAUCCAACAGCUGCAGCAGCUCCACCAGCAGCAGCUGCUCCUCCAGCAGCAGCAGCAGCAGCAGCAGCAGCAGGACUCCUCGUCCUCCUCCCAGCAGCCGCACUCCCAGUCGCUGUCGCAGUCGCAUCGCCUCUCCAAGGAGUUUCAGCAUCUGGCCCUGCAGCCACAUUCCAUGGUGUCCUCCAGUGGCGAUCGCAUGUCCAAGCUGAAGAUGAUCAUCGAGCGGCUCACACCCAGGCAGUUCGCCAUGGAGCGUGAGUCCUACUCGAUGUACGUCUUUCCCGAGGAUAACAAGUUUCGGCAGGUCUGUACGUGGUUUGUCAAUCAGAAGUGGUUCGACAAUGUUGUGCUGCUGUUCAUCGCACUCAACUGCAUCACACUGGCGAUGGAAAGACCAAACAUCCCUCCAACCAGCACCGAAAGAUUGUUCCUGGCAACAGCCAAUUACGUGUUCACCGCCGUCUUUACCGUUGAGAUGUUCAUAAAGGUAGUCGCCACGGGCAUGUUCUACGGCACGGAUGCGUACUUCACAUCCGGCUGGAAUAUCAUGGACGGAUCUUUGGUUACCAUUUCCAUAAUUGAUUUGUUAAUGUCAUUGAUUAGCGAAUCGAGCCCGAGGAUAUUUGGGAUUUUAAGGGUGUUUCGGCUACUUCGUUCCCUGCGGCCUCUGCGGGUGAUCAACCGUGCCCCGGGUCUGAAACUAGUCGUGCAAACGCUCUUAUCGUCCCUGCGUCCCAUCGGCAACAUCGUGCUGAUCUGCUGCACCUUCUUCAUCAUCUUCGGGAUACUGGGCGUGCAGCUAUUCAAGGGCACCUUCUUCUACUGCGAGGGCGAGAACAUCAAGAAUGUGCGCAACGCGGACGAGUGCCGCCGCAUUCCGGGCAACGUGUGGACGAACCGCAAAUACAACUUCGACGACCUGGGCAAGGCCCUGAUGUCCCUCUUCGUGCUGAGCUCCCGCGACGGGUGGGUGAACAUCAUGUAUACGGGCCUCGAUGCCGUCGGCGUCGACCAGCAGCCGAUCGUGAACUACAACGAGUGGCGGCUGCUGUACUUCAUUGCGUUCAUCCUGCUGGUGGGCUUCUUCGUGCUCAACAUGUUCGUGGGCGUUGUGGUGGAGAACUUUCAUCGGUGUCGCGAGGAGCAGGAGAAGGAGGAGAAGAUCCGGCGGGCGGCCAAGCGAGCGCUGCAGAUGGAGAAGAAGCGCCGCCGGAUGCACGAGCCGCCCUACUACACCAACUACUCGCCCACCCGCAUGUUCGUCCACAACGUGGUCACCUCCAAGUACUUCGAUCUGGCCAUCGCCGCCGUCAUCGGGCUGAAUGUGGUCACCAUGGCCAUGGAGUACUACCGCAUGAAAAUGGCCCUGCAGUAUGCCCUGAAGAUCUUCAACUACUUCUUCACCGCCGUCUUCAUACUGGAGGCGCACAUGAAGCUGGUGGCCCUCGGCUGGAAGCUGUACCUCAAGGAUCGCUGGAACCAGCUGGACGUGGGCAUCGUUCUGCUCUCGAUCGUGGGCAUUGUGCUCGAGGAGCUGGAGACGAAGAUAAUACCCAUCAAUCCGACGAUCAUACGGGUGAUGCGCGUCCUGCGCAUCGCGCGCGUCCUUAAGCUGCUGAAAAUGGCAAAGGGGAUCAGGGCCCUGCUGGACACCGUGAUGCAGGCCCUGCCACAGGUGGGCAACCUGGGACUGCUCUUCUUCCUGCUGUUCUUCAUCUUCGCGGCGCUGGGCGUGGAGCUGUUCGGGCGCCUCGAGUGCUCCGACGAGAUACCCUGCCAGGGCCUGGGCGAGCACGCGCACUUCGCCAACUUUGGCAUGGCUUUCCUCACAUUGUUUCGCGUAGCGACUGGCGACAAUUGGAACGGCAUCAUGAAGGACACGCUGAGGGAUAAUUGCGAUGACGCGGCCGAUUGCGUACGCAAUUGCUGCGUCAGCUCGGUUAUUGCUCCCAUAUUCUUUGUGAUAUUCGUGCUAAUGGCGCAAUUCGUUUUGGUGAAUGUCGUCGUGGCUGUACUGAUGAAACACCUCGAGGAGAGCCACAAGCAAAUGGAAGACGAGCUCGACAUGGAGGUGGAGCUCGAGCGCGAGCUGGUGCGCGAGCAGGAGUUCGCCCAGGAGCAGAAGCUGUGCCAGCAGCUGGCGGAGGCGCAGGCCAAGGCGGCCGCUCCCCCACGCCCCCUCGCCAAGGUCAAGUCGCUGCCCAAGAACUUCAUCUACAGCACCCCCUCGCUGGACAAGAAGUUCCCCAGCCCCCAGUCCCUCACCAGCAGCGCGGCCAACAAUCUCAACCAGCUGCAGCAGCAGAAUCCAUCCACUUCGACAUCCACAUCCCCGGGACUGGGCGGACUGUCGCAGAGGGGCGUGGCAGCCGGACCGGGAGCGGGAGCGGGCGGACGCCGCCAGACCGUACAGUACUUCAAUCAGCCACAGAGCGGCUGCCCUGGACCGGGCCUGGGCCUUGGCCUUGGCCUGGGCCUGAGCCUGGCCGAGAUGGGCGGCACGCUGACGCCUCAGGCGCUGGGCGCGCGGCUGGGCGAACCCUUUGGCGGCGCCUCCACAGCGACGGCAGCGGGAGGCACUUGUGCCGGCCCCGGCUUUGGCCAGGAGCCGGGCAACCUCCAGCUGCCGCCGCUGGGACGCCGCGGGCGACGCGCCUCGGCCGCCGCCGGCUUCCGCAAGCGCGGCGUGCUGUCCAAGGAGCGCUCGCUGGACGAGCAGGCCAUUCGACGACGCAAUCUGGAGGCCAAGCGCACCAGCUGCGACUCGCUGCCCUGGGGCGGCGAUGCCCUCGACUACAGGCGCGGCACCAUCUUCGAGAGCCUCGAGUCGGAUGGCGGGGGCGGCGGACUGGGCUCAGGAUCGGGAUCGGGCUCGGGCUCCGGAGGAUCACCACUCGGCUUUGAUAUUCGCAGCGUGCGCAGUGCGGAUGUGCCGCACCUGGAGCCGGACACCGAUGCUCUGGCCGUGGUCAGUGCCAUGGUGCCCGCCGCCACGCCCAUGCCCCUGUCCAUGCCGCUAGCCCUGCCCUUGCCCAUGCCCACGCCCACACCCACACCCUCAUCCGCACCCACCAGGAUGUCGUCGGGACAUCAUCCGCCACCUCGGCGCCCCUACGGCUGGUCGCAGUCCGUCGAUCAGGGCUGCCUUCUGGGGGCGCCCGGUCGCAGCAGCCUCCUCCUGUCCGUGCCGCGCUCGAUGCCGCCACGAAGCCGCAGCGGCAGCACCAAGCAGCUCUUCAAGCAGCAGGCCCUCGACGAGGAUGCCGACAUGGACGAGAGCUCGCUGCUGCUGCCAGCCCGAGCCGCUAGCGGUGGCGGAGGGAGGAGGAGUCAGCGGGGGAGUUGUUGGAGUCCCCACCAUCGCCGCUGCCCUGGAGAGCGUGUCUGCCGCCAGUGCUGUGGACUCCCCCGUGCUAACGGGCAAGUCCGACUCGGCAGACAUCUUGCGGAUUAUCAGCGAGCGGCGGCGGAUGGAUCAGCAUGACCAGCGGGAUCCCAGAGACGAUGCCGAGGACAGGGACAGCGACUACAACGAGCUGUUGCUGGUCAAGUCGCCACAGUCCUCGAUGGAUUAGGCAUGCAGCUCAUUGCAUGUCUCACACUCUCCACUCUCUCUCUCUCUCCCUGUGUCUUUCUCUCUCUCCAAGUAUACAUAGAUCCCUGUCCCUGUCCC